UGCUUCUGCAGGAAGAAGUGCCUCCCGUUUUCGCUCUUUUCGCUGUCUCUUCCUAUACUCUCUCUUAUCCUAGUCUUCCUGACUCAAUAUUAUCUUUUUUCACUCUGUCCCUAAUUUUGAACCAAUCGUCCAUUACAAAAUUGCAAACUUUCGGAUCGGUUCUUUUUUUUCAAAUCAAUUGAUGAGAAUCGUGAACACGCAUCACUGCUGAAAACAAAUAAUCAUUUGUUUCGCAAUCCAUCACAUUUCUGCAUUGCAUAGAGUACGUGUGAAUCUUCUUCGUCAUUUAUCCAUCAAAAAAAAAGAGGAGCGUUCAGACCUCAUCAAAUUUAAGUAUCCGUGCCCCAAAGAACCAUAGAUCUGUUUGUUCGGAGGUGAUUUCAAAAUGCAUUAAAAAAUAAGUUUUUUUUGGGUUUUUUUUUUAAUUUCUACGGAUAAACGCCGGAAACAUUGUGCCGUGAGGUGAAUCGAGCCAUGGACUCCUACACUCAGGAGUUUUCCUUAGUACUUGCAGACUGAACAUGGACGAGAGGGAUGACAGACGCAAACGUUUUGAAGCCCUGAGACGUGUGGUCGAGACCGUCGCAGCCGCGCAUCUCUCGGCGAACUUACUCCGAGGAUUCAGUCGAAAUGCAGCAUCCAUCAAGUCCCUCGAUGUUCAAACUCACUGCCAUUGAAAUUCAAACAGUCUAGACAUUUUACGCUGCCGAGAAUAUCAUACUAGAGAAGGAAAGCAAGACUCCAGUCACCAUGAAGCGAGCUCAUAACCGCGCAAAAAUGACCUCAACAAAGCCACCACAUCGUCCCGCACUGUAACGAUCACAUGACAAAUCAUAUUUUCUAGGAUGUACCACAUUUGCCAAUUUAAAUAAUUACAGGCUACCAGGUUUGGUGCACCGACCUCAUUUGAAUCGAGCAGAUUUGGCGCAUCGUCCUCAUUCGAAUCAAACCGAUCGGAAAGAGUGCUGCCGCUGCUUUGAAUAAGAUCCACCACGAAAUCACCGACUCGAGAGAUCGUGAAAUCGGCAAUGCAGCAAUUAAAAUUGGCGCAGUCGAAGCAUGGUUGAUUUUCUUGUAAGCUCACGGCAAAUCUGUUGCGUCUUCGGGAAAUACUACUCUUCACGGCUCUCCGAACAAGAGAAAAAGAAAAGCAAAUGACGGUUCGAGACACUUGAUCGCUCGCGGAAUGAUUGGUUUUUUGCGUCGGGGACAAUUUCCCCCGGGCAAGAAUUUGAUGAAUUAAAGCGAACGGCACACCGCUGUAAACUCCCUCGAACGAACGGUGGACUCCGAGAUCAAUUUAGACCCUCAAGGGCAUGACUCGAGUCUCUCGAGAAUGAACCGUGUCCACAGUCGCACUGAAGCCGGUGACAGGCAGCUGAAAUGAGGGCCUGAAAUUUUUAGACCUCAAAUCGAUACGCAGCACGACUCAAGAACGAUAAAGGUCGGUCCAAGCAGAGCAAUAUAAAGUUUCCUCAAGCAAUAUUAUUAAGAGCUUCCAUGUUGACAGUCAGUUAACUGAAAUAAGGGAUUAAUCUUCCACGGGGAUGAAAAGAAUCACGACCUUUUCCAUCUCCUCCGAAAUGAUCGCUUAGUGUUUGGCUCAAAGAUUAAUGUAUUUUAAGUAUUUUUUCGUGUAUAAUUUAAAUAACGGGUAUUGGAUUCAUCGACUUAUAUUUUUUGAUACGAGAGCAAUACGAACCGUCGAUUUAAUUUGAAUAGGUGAAAAUAUAUUUUGUUCCCUCUGCAAAUCAAUAUUUACCUUUGACAGCAAAAUCAGCUAAUCUAAAUACCAAUCAGCCUUCUGUGUUUCCGUUUAAAUCAGUUAGUCAUAUAAAUCAAUAAAAUGACUAAGAAUUCUCUCGAGAUUUAGGAAAGUUUUUUGGAGCAGACCCUACUUGCGUUUUAAAAGUAUCGAGAGAAAAAUGUAGCUAUAAUGAAAUCCCAUAAUAUAGGUGAAAUAUCAAAGCGUCUUUCCUGAUGAAAGGCGUUUUGUUCUGGUAACGAGACAAACAGUAAAGAGCCCGCCAGUGAGAAUAGUCGAGAGCAGUCGGAAAUUAUUUCACGAAGUUAAGCAGUAAUUUCGCUAUUUUGAAUGUUUAAUAUCUGAGCGGUCGUUGGAGUGUUGAGACUUACUCUACGAGCCCUGAGGGUACACUUGUUGCAUUAGAGUACGAGAGGGAUGCCAAGAACAGUUACAGAUGCUCCCAUUGGAAAGGCAUGGGAAGGAUGAAAAAUGCUCCUACUCUCUGAGGAUUCCGUAUAAAACUAACUCUCGUUAUUACCAUAAAGUUCGUGAUUUUCGUGUUUUUCAAGCUUCGUAGCAGAUUCGACAAAGCUCGAUUCACAAAGCAUCUACGUGGAAUGCAAAAUUUUUCAAAAUUAACACCGUAAAACUCCUAUUCAAGUGUGCUUUAGAAGAAAGAGUUGAUGCAACCUCUCUCGGGACCAUAGCACUCAAGAAUUGAAUGAAAGACAUUAACAUUGCGAGAAAGUAAUGGUAAAAAUUCGAUAUUGUAGCACUUUACAUCCGAAACAAUGAGUUUAUUAAUCUCGGCGAACACCCGAAGAACAACUUCACAAAUCGAAAGCUCUCGAAGAGUCGAAUUCUCCAAGUAACCUAUGUAUUAAAACCGGCCAAGUACUUGACUAUCCAUGGCAUGGCUCGAUAUAAAAACAAUGCAUCCUCUCUGCUAGACGUGAAAUCUCAUAUGUAGGAAGAUGGCCUUAUAUUCAUUCAUGUCUCGUUACAAACCGCAACCAACUCGAGGCGUUUCUCAAGUUAUCAAAUCCACGCUUCAUUCAAGUCUCGAGAAAAAGAAGACACUUAACCCAAGAAUAGAAAUUUUCACGAGAGCGCAGCCUCUGUCAAUUAUGAGAAUGGAAGUAUAUAUUUUUGAUAAAGACCCCUGAUGUCUCGGCAUACUUUCAAGUACAUCGCCUGCCGGGAUAACGAAAUAAAAACCGAGACUUCAACUAGGGGUUGUGAAGCAACUUCAACUACACGCAUGCAAUUUUCCUCCCGUUCCCGGAACGGAAGAGUAACUUCCGAUUGAUGUCCGGUUCAUAAAACUAGACAGAGCAACUCGUCCGAUUUUCCCCUUAUCAACGAAACCGAGGACAACCGCUGUGCGAAGCUCAGAAUCGAUGCCCCUUCAAAAAGCGACGAAGCAAUCCUAAUUGCACCAGUGCUCCGUUGCUGCCUAUCGGCGGAAGUGAAGGCGGUUUGAGCGUUUGCGAUGUACGCGGCGGCGGGAGGUCUGUCGCUGGCGCGACGGCAGGACCGUCGGAACGUGCGGAAGCAGCACCACACGCAAGAGGGCGUGCACCAGAACCUCCAGAAGCGAUUCAACCAAUUGCAGCAUCUCCACGCGCCGGCCUCGACCGCGGACCAGUACUUCCGCCAAUCGGAGCAGCACAACGUGCUCGCGCUCAAGGCGGCCGGUCUCGACCCCUCGUCCAGGCUUCCCAGCUACGUGGACCUCAACCGACGGAUCACAAGCUUCGGCAGCACCGAUAUCCUCGAGGGUAAAGCGGCAACAGCCUGGCUUGAGAAGGAAAAAAGAGGAACCUCUUAUUCUUUUGACGAGCAUAGACCACGACACUCCUCCGAUCCUCAUCGAAAAUGGUCGCGCAGACAUAGGAUCCAGGACUCAUCGUACGGGGGCAGCAGCUCGGACGAAGAUGAACUCCCGGGUCAUGGGCCGGGGGCGGCUGGUCAGCAGAGCUCCGCGGCCAACAUGCUCCUCUACGUGGGCCUCUUCACGGUGGCCAUCGGCCUGGUCAUCGGCUUCGUCGGCACCGGCGAGAAGGGCUUCAAGACGCUCGAACUCCGACUCAUCGGGCCCACGCUCAUCUGCAGCGGGCUCUUCUGCUGCCUCAUCCGCAUCCUCCUCUGCCUCUGCCCGUCGCGCUGCUUCCGCUCCUGCCUCAGAGGCCCCAAGAAGCUCAAGCUCGGCCGCGGGCCCCGCGGGCCGGGCGGCCUGGAGAUGGGCCCCGGGCACACCCUCAACCGCCACGCCUUCCCGGCCGACAAGCAGACCGACUACUACAAGUACCUCCCCUUCGCCGUCCUCGACAAGCACCCCGAGCAGUUCAUCCUCCUCCGCGACACCUCCCACGAGAAACGGAGCCUCAUCAAGCCUCAGGGCAAGCGGGCCUCCGACCAGUCGCUCUGCGUCCCCCACAUCAACAUCCUCAACGCCUCCUCCUCGGACAGCGUCCACGACAAGGGCGGGAGGUUCGAGGACGACCCGCAUAGCCUGAACUCGAGCUACGAGAACCUCAUCAUCAAAUCCUGUAGCUCCAACUUGGAGACGGCUCAGAACGUCUCGACGCUGUUGCUCGUGCAAGAGGACAAGCGGGAGCUGGCGCGGCUCAAGUCGACGCUCACGUUCCCGGACGAGGACGACCAAGAGCUCUCCAACGCUGAGCUGAGCUCGGACAACCUCUACUACGGGCACAACCUGAGCAGCUCCUGCGAGGACUGCAACCACCUCCUCCCGGACGCGGAUCCCGACCCCGACGAGCCACUCCGAUCCCCGCCGCCUGCCAAGCCUCAAGAGCCUUCCUCCUCCCGACCUCCCGAGAUGGACCCUCUCUCCGAGCCGUCCUCCUCCGAGUCCUCCUCUCUCGCGUCCUCCGUCAAAAUAAACUCUAGUCAAAAAACUGUGUGUUUUAAUUUUAGUGAUAAAACGACCAAUGAACUAGUUUUAAGUCCGGACUCGUUGCAGAGCAAGCCUUCCACGUAACGAUGGCCCCAGCGACGAGACUCCGAAAAAAAAAACUGCCUAGAAUAUUGAGCAUGGAUGAAACACGCUCAGUGUAAAGCGUCUCCGCCAGGCAUGAAAGACCUGGUAGUAACAUUUUUUGAAGUGUUACCGUCAAACUUAACGUUGCAUCGACGUUUUUGUAACGUUAAUUUCGACAGUCGCCGAGAAGAUAUAUCGCAACAGAUACUAGCGGAUACCGUGGCGUGGUGCACUGCUUAGGUACUAUCAAUGCACCUCGACGCAUAGCAAGAUGUUCCUUCAUCGAAAGUUCGUGUGGACGCAUAAAAAAUGUCCAAGAUCAACUCGUGCUUAUCCAGGUAACGCAUAUCGGUAUUUAUGGUUUUCAUAUGAAGAUUAGUAAAUUCAAAAUUUCCGCCCGUUGGAGAAGAUAAAAAGAAAGAAUAUCGACGUGAAGUUUCGUUUCACCGUGAGAGCUUCACAACAUUUUGCAGAAUUUUCAGAAUCUAAUGUACCUGUGUACUUAUUCAACCCGCAACCAAUGACUGAGACUUAUUCGAUAAGGGACUUGGAAGUUCGACUUAUGAUCAUUUUUCUCUCCGGGAAAUUCAAAAUCAAGUUUUCAUGAUUUCUGAGCACUUUGUAGCCUGCUCCAGCUAAGUCUACUUAAAAAGUCGAAAGAAUUGUAUAAAACAUUUAUAAGUGUAAAGUUUCAUCAAAUUUUUCAUCUUCGGCAAUUAGCUUGACCUUUUUCCUUUGUUUUAAGUUCUAUAAGUAGUAGGUAUGGAACGCUUGCGAACUUGUGAAAAACGAUUCAGCACCCAGAGAAAAAGCAUUGUUUAUCGUGCAGCUGUAAAGCGCGAAGUCCAGAUUUGACUCAAGUGGAUUUUGGUUUUUUUUAGCGGGCGGGAAGUUUGAAUUAUUGAACGUGAGAAAUCCGCCAUAUUCUACGUAAAAUUUGAAUGAAAAUAUAUUUGGAAAUGCGACUCUGUGAUGCUUGGUUUCUGAAUUUGUCAAAUGAUCUAUUGCGGCUGAUUGGCCGUAAACAUCGUCGCUUUCAUAGGUCGGGCACUGUCCCGAGAGGCGAAGAGUUCCAUUGUGGCUUUUUGAUUUUUCAGAAACCCACAUUCUCAUGACCAGUUAAAGAAUUUGAAAAAAAACCGAAAAAAAUUCAUACAUACUUAUUACUUCCAUCCUGUUUUAACAAAAUUUUACAGCUCAAUUUUUCUUGAAAAUUCUGGGAACUUAUUGAUGACUGCUUUUUCCUUCAUAAUGCGAAUCCGUUUUAGGUACCUUCUUAAGCGUUUUAAAAGUCUCGGGAGGGUGGUGUCGACUACCCCUCCCCUCCUCGUACCCCUUUUCGUCAACUUCACCUAUUACACGGCAAUGACCACCCAACUCCUCGGACCCCUUACAAAACAUGAAAAAGUAAAUGAUGAAUUUUAUUCUGCAAGCUCUCAUCAAGGGAGGUCCUGAAUUCCUAAAAUUGCAAGUUAAAAAAAUGAUACUUUUGAGAUUCUUCUAGGAAGAAAUAUAUAGAAAGAAUAUUUUAAGAUGUAUUAAAAAAAAAUAAAAAAAAUAUAUUCUAAGGAUAUGAUAUACCUACUUGUAAACUGAGACGGACGAACCUCUUUGAUAGAAUUCAGGAAACAAUUUAAAAUCCAUCUGCAUUAACUGAUUUCUCAAAAAUAGCUUUUGAAGAGUAAGUGGGUAAUGUUAAACCCUGCACGGUGAUAGGUACAAGAUAAUUACCAGACAAUGCAUUUUCAUUUUUUCUACUUACAAACAUAUUCUAGAUACAGCACAAUAAUGUGCGAACUCUCUUUUACAUCCUUUAUGUUUGCUUUUGUUUUUUAAAUGUUUAAAAAGGAUUCGUAGGUACCUACUUAAUGGGAAAAGAACAAAAAAUCCUAAGGGACAGAAUUUCCAGAAGAAAAGUGUAUUUGCAGCGGCUUCUGCAAACUUAAGUAUUGAGUGUCAGGAGAGAAUCUAGUACUUAAAUCGUUUCAUUUCUGUAUGCACAUGAUUAUAUGUACACACUUAUCUUGCUACCGGGAUAAGGGUAUGUUGACUAAUUGGUACGAGAUAGGCAGUUGCAAUUAGACUUUGAAGAAUGAGGUGAUAAUGCAAAGUUAAAAAAUGUUUAAUUUAUUUUGUAAUAUUGUAUUUAAUUAUAGUCUCUUUGGGAAAUUGACUUUUUUAAUACCGUACUUGUAUACAAAGUGUUUAAGUACCAUAAAAAAAUGUAUUCAAAUUGCUUAGUCCGUAGAUAUGUAAUUUUUUGUUGAUCGUCACCUAACAAGAAGCUAUUAGAAUAUAAUUUAAUUUUAAACAUUCUUCCCUCCUUUUUUUUGUUUUGUUUUGUUUUUGUAAUAUUGCUUGUUCAGGAGACAGAAUUUAAUUCGUUCCUACGAGGGGUAUGAAAUUUUGGCCAUUUAAGUUAAUUUUUCUACAAGUAAACUUUAAUUUUCUCUUGGGCUGCGGUAUGAAGCUGUCAUUUUCAACUUACCCUAUCAGUUUUCUGCUUUUUAGAUCUAUGAAUCCAUGAUAAAAUUGGAAAAAUAGGUACCUAUCUCCAUGGUGAUGUUUUUAAUUUUUUAGUUUUUAAAUUUUCUAUUCAAAUUGUACUUCUCUUACUUAAAAUCAACUCAAUUUAUGAGAAAAUUUUUGCACAUACUUAUGCUGGGUAAAGAAAGAAAAUAAAUGAAGGAAGCAAGAAGAAAAAGUUAGUGGACAAGACUCAAUAGUUCGUCCACUUGAAACUGAAAUUGGACAACAAUAUACUGAAGAAGUGCAAUAUCAAGCCGCAAGUUUUCCUGGGUUCACCACUAAAAUAUUUUUUACUAUCUUGCACACGUUUAGAAACUGUUGAUACACAGAAGUUUACAGUAUACUCGAAAUUAUGGAAUUUUGUCAAAGUACCUACUUGGCAUCACAAAUUAAUGUUCCGAUAAAAUGAUAGAUUGCGAAUUCAAAAUCAUUGGUACUUCAAGCGCUUCACAUUUUCAAAUGAUAAACGCAAAUUUACCAAGGAAAAACUACAUAUUUUUUUAAGUGUCCGACUGCAGAGAAAUUUUAUACUGUACUUUCCUUACCUGAGUCCUUCCUCAAAUCUGACGAAGAUUGAUAAGUUUGCUUUCAUACAAAUAAAAUCAAUAACUCAAGUUUUUAAAAUAAAGUUUCACCAAUUUGCUCAUACAAUUACAGCUCCUGAGUGGAUCAAAAAUUACUUUGAAAAUUUGCGACAAUUAAAAAGAUUACUCGUGAAAAGGAUAACAAAAGAGGAAUGAAAAGUGAAGGAAGUUGAAAUAUGUGACAUCUACAAGGUAGUUUUAAUUUUAAAAAAAGUUUUAAUUUGAGGGAGAGCUAAGUUUUAAUGAAUUUUCUAUACAGUCGAUACUUUCGACACAUUACCCUUAAGCUUUGAGGAGAAAUGUACAAUAAAUAUUAUAUUUGCCUUUGAUGUGCGAUAUUUUGUGGUUGGCAAAAAUUUGUCUUGUUACCGUUCCAUCUUUUUUAACGCUUAUUUUUUUAUAAAGCUUUAUUUGUACUCUCUGUGCAUUCUAAGAGGUACACUGUGUAAAUUGAGGCUAGAAUAUAAUCACAGGACUAAAUAUGAUGAAAAAAUCAAUUUUAUAUGCUUCCAAUUUUCAUUUUAAAUGCUGAGAAUGUAGGAUGUCAGAGCAAAAAAUAAAAAAAAAUAAAUGAGGGAUUGAAAGACA